AUGUCUACCUCGUCGCCGACCGCCUCGUCCUCGUAUCUCUGCGACACCCUCCCCCCGCCGCGUCUCGCGUCCGAGUCGAUGUCCCGCCCGCCGAGCCCCAGCGCCGUGCUGCCGCCGCAGCCGGCCGCCGCCUUCGCCGCCCCUGUCGUGGACAACUCGUCGCUGCAGCUGGUGACCAAGCCGGAUGCAUCGCACGCGGAGAGCAGCAGCGGUAGCAGGACGGCCCUUGCACAGCCGCCCGCGAGGAAGCUCUGUGUGCGGCACCAGAGGAUGGCCGACGAGGGGACGAAUCUCAAGCUCCAGCAGGCACUCGAUGCGCUCCCGGUGGAAGAACGGGAGGCGGUCAAUGCCGUCUGGUCCAACUUUUCCUCCUCGCCGCACCCCCGCCGUGCCCUCAUCCUCCAGGGCCUCCUCACCAUGUGCUGCUUCUCGCAGCUCUCCCUCCUCUCAGACCAGCUGUCGUAUCUCAUCCGUCUCGACCCAUUUGUUGUCCUGCCUCGCGAGGUCUCGCUCAAGAUCCUCGGCUACCUCGACGCCACCUCUCUCUGCCGUGCGGCGCAGGUCAGCCGGCAGUGGAAGAGCCUCGCGGACGACGACAUUCUGUGGCGGGGCAUUUGCGAGCAGCACAUAGGGCAGAAGUGCCUGAAGUGCGGGUGGGGGCUUCCGAUCCUCGAGAAGCGCCGCGUGGUCCGAAUGCCGUCCGCGUCGACGUCCCCGAGCCCGCCGCCAACGAGUCAGGAUGAGCAGGUCGCAGGGAAGAAGCGAGAGUCUGCGACAGAUGUGCCUGCUGACGAACGGCCGGCGAAGCGCUCCCGACUAGAAGACGAUGCCGCACGCUCAGCCAGUAUCCCUCCUAUCCCAUCAUCGUCCUCCGGUUCUGCAGGUAUACCGGUGCCGUCACAUCCGCAAACCCAACAACCGCGCCCGUCACCGUCGCGUUAUCUCACGCGGCCGUGGAAGGACGUCUAUUGCGAACGGCUGCGCAUCGAGCGCAAUUGGAGGCGCGGGCGAUGUACGGUCCGCACGCUGAAGGGACAUACGGAUGGCGUCAUGUGUCUGCAGUUCGACGAGACGCUCUCGCACCCCGCAUUCCCCGUCCUCAUCACCGGCUCGUACGACCGCACGGCGCGCGUGUGGAAUCUGGAGACUGGCACGGAGGUGCAUUGUCUCACAGGCCACACUCGUGCCGUACGCGCACUGCAGUUCGACGAGGCGAAGCUCAUCACGGGCAGCAUGGACCGCACUAUGCGCGUGUGGAAUUGGCGGACGGGCCAGUGUCUCCGCACGCUCGAGGGCCAUACUGAAGGCGUCGUGUGCUUGAACUUCGAUUCGACUGUGCUCGCCAGCGGCAGUGUCGACACGACGAUUAAGGUGUGGAACCUGAAGACCGCCGAGUGCUUCACGCUCCGGGGACACUGCGAUUGGGUGAAUGCUGUGCAGCUGUGGGACGCCGACGGGACUAGUCCGGCCUCCUGUUCGUCUUCUCCGGACGCGUCGCAGUUCUCCGGGUCCAACCACGACAUCAAUCGAGGAAAGAUGUUGUUCUCGGCGUCCGACGAUGGGACGAUCCGGCUCUGGGACCUCUCGCUGCGCACAUGCGUACGUCUCUUUAAGGGACACGUCGGGCAGGUGCAGAGCUUGAAGCUCGUCAUGGUCGACGAAGACUGUGACGAAGCGGAGGCAGAGGCGCCAUCCUCCCCGAACGAUCCUGUCACUCCCCUACCUAUGAUUCUUUCGCCAUCUUCCCCUCGCUCUCAGCUGUCACAGUCAUAUUCCUCGCUCUCCAGGUCCGCUUCGCCGCUUGCAUCUUAUGCUCAAGCGUUGUCUAUCACCAACGGUGCUGCCGACUCAGAGCCCUCCAAGGCGGUGAACCAGCCCAAGCGGAACGCAGCCAAGCGCCAGAAACGCGUCCUCAUUUCGGGAAGCCUGGACAACACCAUAAAGCUGUGGGACAUUGACUCGGGCAAGGCCACAAGGACUUUGUUCGGUCACAUCGAGGGCGUCUGGGCCGUGGCGAGUGACAAGCUGCGUCUUGUCAGUGGCAGCCAUGAUCGCACCAUCAAGGUCUGGGUCCGGGAAGAAGGUCGUUGUAUGGCGACACUCGUCGGACACAGAGGUGCGGUGACGUGUCUUGCCCUUGGCGAGGACAAGAUCGUUUCCGGGAGCGACGAUGGGGAUGUCAGGUUAUGGAGUUUCUGCGGUUGAUAUGCGCAUUCUACAUAAAUCAUAACACGGAUCUAAUAUACAUAACAUCUUUACGGGCUGUACUGAUAAGAAGUUGGGCAUGAAUUGUUGUU